CAAGUUAACGUCAUCUUCCAAAAUCUGCCAAAGAAGAUAUUGACCUUCUUGCCCGGAUCUUCUUUCACCUCGGGUCCGGCCACGACGCAGCCUUUACCUUAUUCCCUGAGGACGACCGCCGCCACACCAGCACGAGAAGGAAGCCGAUCAGCACCGCCACAGCCGUCGUCAGCCCAGAUCUGGUUGCAUGAAAAAGACUGAGGUUGCUGGUUGCAAUUGUUGCAAUUGUUGUUGCUGGUUGAGCAGCUUUCCUAUUUUAUUUACUUCCAAUCUCUUCUUCUUCUGGUGCUUUUUUUGUCUUUGUAAAUUUGGUCAUUUGUGAACUCUAGAAAUAUCAACUUACAACUAAUUUCAGCUAUAAGAAACAACUUUUGCCCAACUGUGAGUGGUUCACUGUGAAUAACUUCUUUUAUGUUUGAAUUAUCACUUCUUGUUCAAGUGUUGAUUCACCAAAGCAUGAAGGUGCUUUCUGGGAUUCUUAACAGAAUCAGGUAUCAGAAAGGGCAGCUAUGAUCUUUGAUCUGGAUUAUUCUGGUUGAGGCUGGAUCUGAAAGCUAUAUCAGCCAACAAAGAUAUGGCCAAGAAUUCAAAUGACUAUAAUGGAUUUCAACACAAGAUUAUGAUUUAAAAGAGAUGCCAUUAAAAAAGAAAUAACUCAAAAAUACAAACUCAAGAGACUUCUUGCUAAUGUACACAUUUUCAGGCUACAAGAAGUUUAAAUCUAAUAAUUCUUGAUGAUGCACAAGCUAUAUAGUACUAUUAAAACCCAGUUCUCUUUCUUCCAUUUCUUCAUUUCCAUCUCUCGUGUUCAAGACUAACUACGGCAUUUUCUCAAACACCUGGUGUCCAUUACUUCCCCAAACAAGCAGCUUCAAGUGAGAAAGGAAAAUUCGUUGAUGUGACUCUGCGAGGAAGGAAUUUCUGUGAGAUCACUGAGAUGAUGGAGGAUGACCAUUCGAACGCCGCCGAGACGUCCUCGUUGCGGGCUCUGGCCCCGGGUUCCCGAUCAGAUCUGGGCUGACGACGGCGAUGGCGAUGCUAAUCGGCUUUCUUCUGGUGCCGGUGUGGCGGCGGUCGUCCUCCGGGAAGAAGGUAAAGGCGGUGCCGUGGCCGGCGCCGGUGACUGUGAAGCCGGACCCCGAGGUGGAAGAAGAUCUGGGCAAGAAGAAGGUCAAUAUCUUCUUUGCCAGUUUUGGAAGACGACGUUAACUUGGCUGCCGUUAACUUAAAGAAGCAGCAUUUUGAUGAUGUUUAAUUAUCUGGUGACGUGGCCAUUUCUGAUUGAAGGGACAGCCAAAGAGGCAGCAUUUUGAGACAGCAAAUCUGGGCUCGCAGCAUCACUGUGAACUUGGAUGGGAUGGGAUAUAACUAUAUAAUAACAUGCGACAGAAGGAAACUUUGGCUUAUUAACCACAACAAACGAUAUGGCCACAACCGACGAAGAGCAUCAGCCCGUGGUUUUCUACGCUGCUAUCCCCCAAAACUCCCCCGACCACGACCACCAAGACUACGUCGUUUUACCCCUAUACCCCCACCGCCGGCGCCCCGGGCUUCCUCCCGACCGCCGCCACUGCCUCCGCCGCUCCAUUUUCUUCUCCGCCGCCGCCCUCCUCCUGGCUGCCGCAAUCUUCCUACUCUACCCCUCCGAUCCCAAGCUCACCGUCGUCCGCCUCCGCCUCAACCGUGUCCAGCUCCGUACUUCGCCGCACCUCUCUCUCGACCUCUCUUUGUCCGUAACCCUAAGAGUCCGAAAUCUGGACUUCUUCUCUCUCGAUUACUCUUCUCUGGCCGUCGCUGUGGGGUACCGGGGACGAGAGCUAGGGUUCGUGACGUCCCAGGGUGGGCGUAUUAGGGCCCGAGGGUCGUCGUAUGUGGACGCUGAUAUGGUACUUGAUGGAUUUGAAGUGAUUCACGAUGCGAUCUAUUUGGUCGAGGACUGGGCUAGGGGUUCGAUUCCUUUCGAUACGGAAUCGGUUGUGAAAGGCACUGUUGGGGUCUUUUUCCUCGAGGUUCCUGUUCAGGCAAGAAUAUCAUGUCAAGUGUAUGUAAAUACAAAAAACCAGACGAUUACCCAUCAAGAUUGUGGCCCAGAUGAGGGGUGGUUGUAGAUAGAGGAGCCUGAAAUCCACAACAGGUGGAGAGUGCAAGAGAAAGCAGCAUGGGUUGUUGUCUCCCUUUGCAAACAUGACUGUACAGUAUGAAGAGCAUAAUUGAUACCACAUUAUUAAUCAAAGAUGAUAUGCCUACCUCAUUAAGAAAAGAACUUGCAUCUGUAUGAUCUCCUCUCAUCUUUACUGUUAAUACAUACUGUUUGUUUGGAUUGGACUAGAUUAACAUCUAAAUUUGCUAGAGUUUGCCCUA